CGUGAAACCGCCAAGCUCGGAAUUUGAGUCGAAUGCAUAGUAAGCCGGACAUGAUAUUAUAAGACAGUUCAGUUCCCGCAGCACGGGUGGCUUUACACACAUGCGCCCCUUCCCACAAUUAAAUCACCACUUAUCGUGCACGGACCGUAUCUACGUCAACCUCCAUGAACCAACUUUUAAUCGACAGCCGCGGUGUCUCCACUUCACUUCGUUUUAACGAGGCGUCAUUCUUCAUCGAACCCACACAGCUCGACGGUCACAAUUCCUCUUGCUGCGCAGGCAUAUACGCUGACAGAGAAGUUAAGUGCACAGAGGUGCCUCUUCGCAAUGUCAUUUAUGCCAAAGUUACAUCUGGUGUCAUUGAGGUACAAUACCUGGUUCGCAAGGGCAAAGAGAGCAGUUUGAACCUUGCAACGACAGCCGGUGCAGUUCAGAACGAAGAUAGCACGCGUGUCAAGAAGUGGUGCGAGGCGCUGCUUCUUGCUGCGUAUCAGGGCGCAAAUCCGUCCAAGAAUCUCAAGGUGCUCGUUAAUCCCUAUGGCGGAAAGGGGAAGGCAAGAGCAUCAUACGUCAGCAAAGUAGAACCCAUAUUCCUUGCGGCUGGAUGUACAUUGGAUGUAACUUACACCACCCAUGGCGGUCAUGCUAUUGAAAUUGCUCGCGAAAUGAAGCUGGGAUAUGAUGCCCUAGUCGUUGUAUCCGGUGACGGUUUGAUCCACGAGGUCCUCAACGGAAUAGAUCAGCAUGAACACCGUGACCAGGCAUUUUGUAUACCAAUAGCACCUAUACCGACUGGCUCCGGUAACGGGAUGUCUCUUAAUCUACUGGGCCUGCAGGAUGGGCUUGAUGUUUGUGCAGCAGCUCUCAAUGUUCUCAAAGGACAACCAUUGAAAACCGAUCUAUUUUCCUUCACCCAAGGAAAUCUUCGCCGGAUAUCAUUCAUGUCACAAACUAUCGGAAUAACGGCAGACAUCGAUAUUGAUACUGAACAUUUACGAUGGAUGGGCGAUACCCGAUUCGUCAUAGGCUAUAUCCGUGCCGUCAUUGCCCGCAAAUCAUGUCCAAUCGAGUUAUCAAUGAAGGUCGUCGAACAGGACAAAUCUCGCAUGAUGGAUGUUCUUCAUGCACGACGAGCGGGCGAAUCACCCAGCCCAUCUAGCGUUCCUAGCUUGCACAGUGCUGACAAGAAACCUGAUAGUCCAAGCUCUUCACAUGAGGAGUGGACCCGGUUUAAAAGACCUAUCCUGUGGAUGUACGCCGGCAAAGGGCCAUUCGUUAGUCGGGAUUUGAUGCAAUUUCCCGUCUCUUUAGCUGAUGAUGGACUUAUCGACAUUUCCAUACAAGAAAUAGUAAGUACGUUAUGAUUUGUUCUUUUGAUGCAUUUGACACCUUGUUCGAAGACCAGUCGACGGGCUCUUUUACGGGCCAUGGACGGUGCCGAAGAAGGUCGGACGUACUGGAUAAACACCAACCGGUACUUCAAAGCCUCUGC